CUUCCCAGAGUGCAUCGCGCGCAUCAAAACAAAUAACGAGUCCGGGCACACGGGCCUGUCUGUGCUCCGCGGUCAGUGCCCGCGGCCCCCGCUCUGCCUCGCCACUCACCCCGGGCCGCACACGGAGAGCACACGGGGCCGGCCUCUCACGUGUUUCUUCUGCAGGGUGCAUGAACAGCAGGUGCCCCGAUGAGCUGCUAGAUUUGACCUCGCACAAGUGAGCGAUCUGCUGACCCUUUCUUCUGUGCUUGGCGAAUGUCUUACCAAAUCAUUUGAAAGCAAUUGAUAGAAGAUGGGAGGAGCGGUAAGUGCUGGGGAAGACAACGAUGAUCUGAUUGAUAAUCUUAAAGAAGCACAGUAUAUACGCACUGAGAAAGUAGAACAAGCCUUCAGAGCAAUCGAUCGAGGGGAAUAUUACCUGGAGGGAUACAGGGACAAUGCUUAUAAGGACUUGGCCUGGAAGCAUGGCAACAUACACUUGUCUGCACCGUGCAUCUACUCUGAAGUCAUGGAGGCCCUAAAACUUCAACCAGGAUUGUCUUUUCUUAAUCUUGGAAGUGGAACUGGAUACUUAAGUACCAUGGUGGGCCUUAUAUUAGGUCCAUUUGGCAUUAACCAUGGGGUUGAGUUGCAUUCUGAUGUGGUGGAAUAUGCCAAGGAAAAAUUGGAGGCUUUCAUUAAGUAUAGUGAUAGCUUUGACAAAUUUGAAUUUUGCGAGCCUAAUUUCGUUGUUGGAAAUUGUUUGGAGAUAGCAUCAGACAGUCCACAAUAUGAUCGGAUUUAUUGUGGUGCUGGUGUCCAGAAAGACCAUGAAAAUUACAUGAAAAUUUUGUUGAAAGUUGGAGGAAUUUUAGUCAUGCCUAUUGAAGACCAGCUUACACAGAUCCAGAGAACAGGACAGAAUACAUGGGAAAGUAAGAACAUUUUAGCUGUUUCUUUUGCCCCCUUGAUGCAACCUAGUAAGAAUGACAAUCACAAAUCUGAAACUGUGAAAUUGCCUGCCUGUACUGUAAGGAGCCUACAGGACCUAGCUCGUAUCUAUAUUCGGCGCACACUUAGGAACUGCAUAAACGAUGAGAUGCAGGCCAAAGGAAUUCCUCCGAAAGCCGCUCCAAAGCGGAAAAGGCGACGGUGCCGUAGACGCCGCAUAAACACCUAUGUCUUUGUAGGAAAUCAGCUAAUUCCUCAAGCCUUAGAUAGUGAUGAGGAGGAAAAAAUUGAUGAGGACAGCAAAGAAGAAGAAAAGGAUCACAGUGAAGCUUUGAAAGCUGAGGAGCCUCCACAGAACCUUCUUCGCGAGAGAAUUCUGUGCUUACCUCUCCCCGAAUCUUUAAAAGCAUACUUGACCUAUUACAGAGAGAAAUGAUGAUGCACUUGAAUACAAAACUUUUAUUGCCUGCUGAUGUUUCAUUUUUUUUUUUUCCUUUUGAAAAUGUAGCAUUUGUUAAUAAAGGAUUUGGUAGUUAUAUCUUCCAGCAAGAGAUCCAGUGGACACCUAAACAAUCUUAUCUCCAUUCAUUGAUUUAGUUCCUUUUUUACAAGCUCUAUAUUUUCUGUACAUUUUAAGAUAAACUGUACACAGAUUUUUAACUGUAACCAGUUAUGGCUUUGUAGUAUCACUUGUUCUCUGGGGGAAAGCAUUCUUUAGCAGCCCCUAAUUUAUACACAGGGCAUAGCACACUGGAGAAAGAUCCGAAUGGUCUUCAAAGCCAUUUCAGUCAUUGCAUACACACAAGUCCCAGUGGAACAUUCCAUUCUGAUUGUUUCCUUUUCUUAGUCUUUUCUUUUAUAUAUGCCAGCUGAACAGUGUGACAAGUGCAAUAGUUUAGGAAAGGUAACUUUUUGUAAAUGCCACAAGUUUUGUGA